CUGCAAUGCCGCGCGGGGCCAUAGCCACGGUAAACAACGUCAAGGCCACGCAGUCGUUCGGAGUCCUGGCGGGGGCGGCGGUAGCGGCGGAGGCGGAAGCGGGGGUUUGAAGGUGCCAGCAGCCAAUGGAAGGGGCGGCGGUGCUGGUGGCAAUGGCAACGGGCGUGGCAUGGAGGAGGACGGGGACUGCGAUGGAGGGCUGCUGGGAAGCAAGGAGAAGGGCCCUGCUGGGGCCGAGACACCGCAGCAGCGGCAGCCCAUCCCGAAUAACCCCUUCCGGAAGGGUUAUUGCAGCUGCCCCUGCCAUGUGUGGCGGGAGCACUGGCCCAGCCCCGAAGGCCCAUCGGUCCAGCUCCAGCCCAAGGCAGCUGCUUGCCAGCGGCAACAAAAACAACAAAAGCUGCAACCAGCCGCAACCACCCACCGCCACCAACAUCAGCAACAAGACCAGCAGCAGCAGCAACAACCACAACAGAAGCACCAGAGAAAAGCCAAGUCCGUACGGUUUGAACUCCCGGCUGCUGCUCCCAGGCCCCGGGACAACUCCGAAGAUGGUGGCAGCAGCGAUGAUGGGGGCCAUGCUGACGACGACGGCGGCGACGACGGAGGCGCCUUGAUGGCUGCCACCAGUAAGCGUGCAGCCGCCGUCGCCCUCACACGCAAGCGCCGCGGCCCUGAGGGCACGGCAGUGGCGACCGCACCAGCCGCCCGCCGCCGCCGUCUGCUGUUGCCCACUGCGGCUGCUGCUGGUGAUGCGGCUGUUGCUGGUGAUGCAGUCCUGGACCCGCGGACACAGCAGCAGCAGCCACCCCAGGACUCGGCAGGUGAACGGCAAGGCGCUGUAGCUGCUGCCGCCGCCGGUUCCGCCAGCUGUGGCAGCGAAGGGGGCGGUGGCGAGGCUGCACCAGCUGCAGGAGCGGAGAGGGGCAGCGGGAAGCAGCAGACGGGGG